ACGUACGACGGCCGUAUAUUCGCGAUACGCGUUCUUAUCGAUAAGGUUAAUAAUUGAGCUAUUCGAUUGAUAAAAUUAUGAAUAAAGUAAUGAUAAAGUUGAGUUCGUUUUGAAUUUUGAACAGUGUUGUUAUCGUGUGCAGUGCAGGCGAACUGUUCAGUUAAAUAGUUGUUUAAAGGCUACAUCGUGGAUCUAGAAUUACACCAACGUGCCAGCGGCCACUUGAUGAGUGCCGCUGGUGCAAUGUGCGACCGUGCCGGAUAUGGAGGCACCAUGGGACAUUUUCCAAUGGGCCACAUGUCAGCUAUGGGAGCUAUUGGUACAAUGGGAGCGAUAUCAGCCAUGAACGGUCAGACGCAUCAGAAGAAGUCCCAAGAAGAACACAUAAAACGGCCCAUGAAUGCCUUUAUGGUAUGGUCGAGGCUGCAGAGGCGGAAAAUAGCACAAGAUAAUCCAAAAAUGCAUAAUUCUGAGAUCUCAAAACGAUUAGGUGCAGAGUGGAAGCUUCUAACAGAAGACGAAAAAAGACCAUUCAUUGAUGAAGCCAAAAGGCUCAGGGCGAUGCACAUGAAGGAACAUCCCGACUACAAGUACCGACCGCGGAGGAAACCCAAAACACUGAGGAAGGAGGGAUACCCCUACUCGAUUCCUUACCCCAGUGUACCAAUGGAUGCCUUAAGAGCUGGAAUGGCCGGUGGAGGUAUGACACAAGCGAUGGGCGGCUACUACGGCGCAGCGUACGGUCCGCUCGGAGCAAGCAUGGCAGCUGCGGCCGCGGCAGCUGCACAACAGAACGCCAUAUCAGCGGCACUUACACCAAAUGCUCAGGUUGGUUCGACGAUGGACAUGUCGAAAUAUUCGAUCGAGGAUAAAUACAGGAGCUACAGCAUGUAUCCUGAUCCAUCGCGAGGAUACCUCGAUUCAGCCGCACUCUCCAAAGCCUAUAUGUAUAUGGACCAGCAGCAACAACGCUCCUACCCAAUGGACAUAAGUAAGAUGUACGAUGCCUCGGUCGCCAUGGCGGGACUCACUUCAACGGUUAAUUCCGCGCCCAGCUUGUCCCCGAGGUCCACAGCUGAAUCCCCAGAUACUCAAAAGACUCAGGAUCGCGCUGAAGGCAGUUCCUCAUCAGGGUCGAAUCCGUCCCCAUCUCUUCCCUAUUACCAAACCUCGUCCAGCCUUCUCAUGCCCCAAUAUCCGGGUCAGUAUCCCCAAAGUACGCAAGGCGGUCCAGAAUUUCGGAGACCGUUGACUGUCAUAUUCUGACCUGACGCUUAGUUCGGAUAUUUUAAUUCAAUUUCGAAUGUUGAUUUAGCGAUUUUUUCUGUAAAUAGACAGUACCUAUUCAGCCUACACUCUCUUUUUAUGAAAUAAAAAACCAAUUAAGUGUUAUAGAUAUACACACAUAUACAUGUAACAUAUAUUGUUUAUGGUAUUAUUUUUAUUUCGCGAUAAAAUUUUGUAAAAGCACACACAGACUUGUUUUUAC